CCGGAAGCGGCGGUGGCGGCGGGGAGCGGGAGCGCGGCCGGUGGCAGCGCCCAGGACCCCCGACCCCACCCUUGGUGAGGGCAGGGUGGGGCAGGGCGGGGCCGUUCGGGUGCGCGGGCACCGCCCCGGCGCCCCCUGCUGGUCACAGGUGUGGCAGAGAUGGACCCAGUGAGGGCAGCGGGCACGGCGUCCCCGAGCUGUCACCACGGCGGGGACAAUGGGGAGGAAGAUGUGACAGCAGCGGCAGCCAUGACAUCGUCCGUGUGUCACCCUGCUGGCGAGGAGGAGGAGGAGGAGGACACGCAGGUGGCAGCAGCGGUGACAGCCGCAAUGUCCCUGGGGUGCCACCGCAGUGAGGAAAAGGAGGUGGCAGUGACACCUCAAGGUGGCAGGGACGAGGAUGUGGUGGCAGCAGUGACAGCAGAAGCAGCCACAACAUCCCGGGGCUGUCAUCCCAGUGAGGAGGAGGUGACAACAGCGGUGACAUCCCUGGGGUGUCCCCCACUUGGGGAUGAGGAGGAGGUGACCACAGCGGUGACAGCAGCGGUGACAUCCCCGGGAUGUCGCCCCAGUGAGGAAGAGGAGGUGACAGCAGCAGUGACAUCCCCAGGGAGUCGCCCCGGUGAGGAAGAGGAGGUGACAGCAGCAGUGACAUCCCCAGGGAGUCACCCUGGUGAGGAAGAGGAGGAGGUGACAGCAGCGGUGACAUCCCCAGGGAGUCACCGUGAGGAGGAAGAGGAGGAGGUGACAGCAGCAGUGACAUCCCCAGGGAGUCACCGUGAGGAGGAAGAGGAGGAGGUGACAGCAGCAGUGACAUCCCCAGGGAGUCACCCUGGUGAGGAAGAGGAGGUGACAGCAACAGUGACAUCCCCAGGGAAUCAACCUGAGGAGGAAGAGGAGGAGGUGACGGCAGCAGUGACAUCCCCGGUGUGUCACCCCGGCGAGGAAGAGGAGGAGGUGACGGCGGCAGUGACGGCGGCGGCGGCCACGUCGGGCCCGGGCGGGCGGCGCGGCGCGGACGAGGACGUGGCGGCCGCGGGCUGGCGAGCGCGGCGCAAGCACGUGUUCGUGCUCAGCGAGGCCGGGAAGCCGAUCUACUCCCGGCACGGCAACGAGGAGGCGCUGGCGGCCACCAUGGGCGUCAUGAUGGCCCUGGUGUCCUUCAUCCAGAGCGGCGGCAACGCCAUCCGCGCCAUCUGCUCCGAGGACCGCACGCUGGUGUUCGAGCAGCGCGGCCCGCUGCUGCUGGUGUCGGUGUCCCGCACCCGGCAGUCGGCGGCGCAGCUGCGGCGGGAGCUGGCCUUCGUGCACGAGCAGAUCCUGUCGCUGCUGACCCGCGGCGGCAUCGCCCGAGUCUUCGCCCGCCGCCGCGGCUUCGACCUGCGCCGGCUGCUCGCGGGAGCAGAAGCCGUGCUGGACCGGCUGCUCUGCGGAGCCGCGGCCGACGGGCGGUUGUUGCUGGGGGCCGCUCGCUGCUUGCCUUUGCCCGGCGGGCUCCGCCGAGCCGUGUCCGGGGCUCUGCGCCGCGCCGCCGCCGCCGCUCGGCCCGCGCCCGCUCUGGCCGUGCUGGCGGCCCGGGGCCGCUUGGUGACGGCGGCGCGGCAGCGGGCGCUGGCCGAGGGCGGGCGGCUGUGCGCCAGCGAUCUGCACCUGCUGCUCAACCUGCUGGGCGGCGGGGCCGGCGCUGGGGCCGGCGAGGUGUGGACCCCCGUGUGUUUGCCCCGCUUUAAUCCCGAUGGGUAUUUCUACGCCUACGCGGCGCGGCUGGGCGAGGAGGAGGAGGAGGAAGAGGAGGAGGAGGGGGUGAGGCUGAUCCUGCUGUCCACGGAGCGAGAGGGUUUCUACGCGGCGGCGGCGUGCCGGCGGCAGCUGGAGGACACGCUGCGGGCUCAGGGGUGGCUGGCCGAGCUGGCGGCGGCCGUGAGAGGGGGAGCGGGGUACGGCCCCUCCCGGCCCGGAGCCCCGGAGCUCCGGCAUUUCCUCUACAAACCCUUGGAAGGGUCGGAAGAGAUGCAGCAGCUGCCGCAGUUCACCAGCCCCGAGCUGGAGGAGCCCUACACCAGCGAGGAGGAGCAGCACCGGCUCUUCGACCUGUACCACUACCUGCACGGCCGAGUGCACAGCCCGCACCGGCCCCUGCGCCUGCUCUACCACGUGGCUGAGAAGGAAACGCUGCUGGCCUGGGUGACCAGCAAGUUCGAGCUGUACAGCUGCUUCAGCCCGCUGGUGACGAAGGCGGGCGCCAUCGCCGUGCUGACCAAGCUGCUGCGCUGGCUCAAGAAGGAGGAGGACUGGCUCUUCAUCCGCUACCCGGCGCCGUUCUGCGCCGCGCCCCCGCGCCCCGAGGCGCCCGAGCCCGAGGGCUGACAAUAAACGUUGAGACCCCCGCGGGGAGAGUCCU